GAUGAAGGAAUCGGCUUACGAUUAGAUAUCGAAUGGAGAUUCUGCAAUUGAUUUGUCCGUUGGUAUAUAAACAGACGGGUGUAUGUAGUGACAGUCGUGCAUACACAGUGACACAGCUAUGGCGUCGACGAAGGCGUUGUAUAUGCUGAUCCUUGCAGGCGCAGUUACCGCCUUCCCUGCCGAUGAACCAUCAAGUGGGAACACCCUAGCAGCUGAAGAUCUGUGGAAAACUGGGCAAGACACGACAGUUUUGACUCGAGCAACCAAGCCGGAGGUCACGACCUACGUGGCCAAGGAGCAACCGGAGGUGACCUUGAAGUGUUCCCUGCCUUCGUCGUACGUCGUCACGUCCUGCGUCUUCCAAGAUCCAUCUGGACGCGCGAUCGCAGCUGACGGGGGAUCGGAGAAUCGUUAUAUCGCCUUUGGUGCUGGAGCUGCUACAAAUGGCGAGGUUGCUUCAAACGAAUGCGGCCUCCGUAUCACAGAACCCGUUACUUCUGACCUCGGUUUAUGGCGUUGCGCUGUACAAACAGACCAAGAUGUCUCCUACGGCUUCUUGACUGUGCUGUGCCCGUGGGCCAUGCAAGACCCUAACGUCGCUGCCUCUGUUGUCUCGGAGCCAACCCUGACAGCCCACCAGAACGCAAUCUCCCACAUGGAAGGCGACAGUCUGACCAUGUCCUGCUCCAUCCAGGCCGCAGUCAGGUACUGCUACUUCAGGAGACCCAAUGGAAUGACCCACAGCGUUGCCCCUGGCGUUACCUCCGACGAGUUCGAGUACGUAGGCCUCGGCCUGGACGCCGGGGAGUGCGGCAUCAGGUUCCCCCGGCUGCAGGCCCCCGAGGCGGGGCACUGGCCGGAGGGCCGCUGGAGCUGCCACGUGGGGCUGCUGGACGAGGCGCAGCCCGAGCAGAGGGCCAACAUGCAGGUGGACAUCAACCCUCCGAUUGAAGUGAGCCAGUACGUCAACGACAGAGGCCUGACCGUGGAAGCCGAUGUGUUCCAGAAUCAAGCCGUGGAGUAUUGCAGAUAUGUUCGUAUUGACGGGCAAGGAUUCACAUCAGCCAACCUGCCCGACUCCCGUUACUCCUCCCACGAGCAGAGAAGCCGCGGCCACUGCAGCAUCAGCGUCCAGAGCCCCACGAUCCUGGAGCACCACCCGUGGACCGUCGCCGCCAAGGUCGUGGGCAGGGACGGGGAGGUGCUGGCCGUCACCUCGCACACUAUCAGCGGGCCGGCGCCUGAUGCUGAUGAUGGAUCUUCAAACAACUAUAUCUGGCUCUGGUGCACCGGCAUCUUAGGAGGUGUGCUUCUCAUCUGCGCCGGUAUCCUCUUCAUCCCGGCCAAGAACAGGAGGAACACCAUAGCCAGAGCCAACUCCUGGAAGAACAGCUUCAGGAGCAGCAUCCAGAAAACGCCAUUGCCUGAUGAUAGUGGUGCCAACAACGUCGCUAGGACCACUCCGCCUGCGCAAACCGCUUAGAAACAUUAAGACAUUAUAUAUUUUGUGAUACCUACUGCAUACUGGCAUUAAAGUGCAUUUAUAAAAUACUAGCUUUAACCCGAGUCUCCGUCCGCGUGUAAAAAGUACCCUAAAUCCUUAUCCGUACACUAUAUUUUAUGCAAAAUUUUCAUGCAGUUCGGUCCAAUGGUUUAACUGUAAAGAUUUAAAGAAGAACAAACAAACUAACUUGCACUUUUAAAAUAUUAGUAUGAUUAUUGCUUUUUAUGUAUACCUAAAAUUCGUGAUAUAGUUUAAGAGAGUUAAAAAACAGCGAGCACCGCUCGGUCACCCAGGUUCUUGGUUCUUAUGUUUAAAAGUCGUGGCGAAAUUAUAGAAAUAAAAUUACUUAAUCCUCAUCAAAUAUCGUAGGAAGCAAAUAAGAAACAUGAUUUUUAUUUUUGGAAACAGUUGCUCAGACGCAUGGACUCGUAACCCAUGUUCUUAAAAAAAUCCUUUGGCUCUUCAUCUGACAUGAUGAUAGUGAUAUUCUUAAUCCUGGCCUAAAACGUGAGGAACAUCGCCAGAGCCAAGUCCUGGAAGAACGGCUUUAGAAGCAGCAUCCAGAAAACGCCAUUGCCUGAUGGUUAUGUUGCCAGAAACACAUCGCCCGCGCAAGCCCCUUACAUAGUUUAAGAGUACCUAUAUACCUAAUGUAUAUUGAUAUUAAAGUGCAUUUAUAAUCA